AAAGCAAAAAACAAUAGUAAUACAAAAAACAUUGGAAUUUUAGAUGGCUAUCCAUUUGUAAAGUUAAAUAGGCUAGCUUACACAUAUUAGAUAAUUGCCUACAAGUCAAUGUCAAUAAAUCAUAUCGGUUUAAUCUUCGAUCUUGCAUUCAACUAGUUGUAUAUUUUUAUUGAAUCGAAAAACGUAAUAAGAAUGCAUAAAGCUUUGCUAUGUGUUUUUUUAAAUCGUAGUGCAGGCCAUUGUGUCCUUUUCUGACGAGCACAUCUGCUGCAGCAGGAUAGGGUGCAACAAAGGUAGCUAGCAAGACGGGAUAAAGAAAAAUGGCGACUGGGUACGCUUGGUUCCUGGUGCUGGGGUCGGUCUUUUUAUGCAAUAUUGUCAAAUCAUUUUUACCGACAAUAUCUUCCUUCCUUUCAAAGAUCAUACAAAAAGAUGCGGAGCAGGAGAGAGAGAUGAGGGCUGAGAUCCAGGACAUGAAAAGGGAACACUCCUCCAUCAGCAUGAUGGACGAGUUCGCCAGAUAUGCCAGACUAGAGCGCAAGAUCAACAAAAUGACUGAUAAACUAAAGACCCAUGUCAAGUCAAGAACAGCACAACAGGCCAAAAUGAAAUGGGUGGUGAACAUAGUAUUUUACAUUCUGCAGGCUGCUCUGAUGAUCUCGCUGAUAUGGAAGUAUUAUGUCGACCCUGUGACCGUGGUGCCUAGCAAGUGGAUUGCUCCAUUGGAGCGUCUGGUAGCCUUCCCUACUGGAGUAGCAGGUGGAGUUGGAAUCACAUGCUGGCUGGUGGUGUGCAACAAAGUGGUUUCAAUUGGCCUCCAUGCCGUUAGCUAAGGAACAUUCUUCUUUCAUGUCAUUGCUAUCUCUCAGUACUCAGAGUAGAUGUUCGGGCAGUGUAAGUAAUAAGCGCCAUGUUGAUAAACUUCCUCGGCAAAGCUUUGUUAGAAAACGCUCAAGCUCAUAUCUUACAUUGUCUUAUGUUGCCAGGAUGAUUGCACUCGGUUUUUGAAAAUUGCUACCUGAUGCAGAUUGUUUUCUGAAGUCUUAAGUUUACAUUAUGUUUUUUGACGUUGUGAAUUGCUGUGACAAUGCCAUUGUUUAUUUAAUACAAAUGCAUUAGUAAAGAUGUUUAAAACAUGGCUUU